CCAGCAAUGUGCCUUUGAUAAUUUGAGGCAAAAAGAUAAAAGAUUUGCUGAAUUGCGCAAAGGAAUAAUCUAAUCAAAGUUUACCAUAUCGACGGUGAAGCGGCGACCCGCCGGAAAGUGAAUGAUUCACAGUGCCACCGCAAACACCCCCUUGACCCCGCAGCUUCCAAGUGUCGACUGUGAAAGACAAAUGUACGCACAGUAUCCCUCCUCGCCAAAUUCAGCUUCCCUAAGAUGCCGUCUAUCGUGACUGGGAUCCACCAAACAAACCCUAGCACCACUGGGAUGGCGAAGCUUCAGUCUCCUUAUUCUUCCGCGACGUCGGCGUUGUUCCGGAAGCGGCGCUGGCUUAUGGUGGUGGCUCUCCUUGUCAUGCUCUCCGUCACCACAGUCAUUGCCUUUCUGAUAAGGGGCGGCAUCGACUCCGCCUGCGAUUGCCGCAGUGAGGUGGGGUCCGGGAAGCUAUUUGGUGCUAAUGUGGAAGUGUCUAAGCAGAUUGCGCCUGCUGGUGUACGUCAGAGCCCGCUCAGUUUCAUGAAGUCGAAGCUCGUGCUUCUGGUUUCACAUGAGCUCUCUCUUUCUGGCGGACCUCUCUUGUUGAUGGAACUGGCUUUUCUGUUGAGGGGUGUUGGUGCUGAAGUCUGUUGGAUCACAAAUCAAAGGCCAGCUGAAACAGAUAAUAUUGUAUACAGUUUGGAACACAAAAUGCUGGACCGAGGAGUUCAGGUUUUCCCUGCGAGGGGUCAAGAAGCAAAAGAUACUGCUCUAAAAGCUGACUUGGUUGUUUUAAACACUGCUGUUGCUGGAAAAUGGCUGGAUGCUGUUCUCAAGGAUGAUGUUCCUCGUGUUCUCCCCAAAGUUCUAUGGUGGAUCCAUGAAAUGCGAGGCCACUACUUCAAUCUUGACUAUGUAAAACAUCUUCCACUUGUUGCUGGUGCAAUGAUUGAUUCACAUGUAACAGCAGAAUACUGGAAGAAUAGGACAGCAGAACGCCUAAGGAUUAAAAUGCCCAAAACCUAUGUUGUUCACCUUGGGAAUAGCAAGGAGCUAAUGGAAGUUGCUGAAGAUAGUGUUGCAAAAAGGAUUUUGCGGGAACAUGUUCGUGAGUCACUUGGAGUUAGAAAUGAGGAUAUACUAUUUGCUCUGAUAAACAGUGUUUCUCGUGGGAAGGGUCAAGACUUAUUUUUGCAUUCCUUCUAUGAGAGCUUGCAAUUGAUUCAACAAAAGAAGUUACAAUUGCCAACUGUCCAUGCUGUUGUUGUAGGAAGUGAUUUGACUACUCAAAGCAAAUUUGAGUUAGAGCUUAGGAACUUUGUGCAACUUAAGAAGAUCCAAAACUAUGUGCAUUUUGUCAAUAAGACUCUGACAGUUGCACCAUAUCUUGCUGCAAUUGAUGUACUUGUGCAAAAUUCACAGGCCCGGGGAGAAUGUUUUGGUAGGAUUACCAUUGAAGCCAUGGCAUUUCAGCUUCCUGUGUUGGGAACAGCAGCUGGUGGUACUCGAGAAAUCGUUCUAAACGGAACAACUGGGUUACUGCACCCCGUGGGGAAAGGCGGGGUAAUGCCUCUGGCAAGAAACAUAGUGAACCUCGCCUCUCAUGUCGAAAGGAGGCUUACGAUGGGAAAGAAGGGUUACGGGAGGGUGAAAGAAGUAUUUUUGGAGCAGCAUAUGGAAGAACGGAUUGGUGGCGUUUUGCAGGAUGUGCUGCAAAGGGCGAAGAGUGCUAAGAACAAAAGAUCAUAGACUGUAUUGUAUGUAGUAGUUCCAGGCUUUCAUUUCUUUCUUGGCUGGCAAUCAAUAUUUAAUGUUUGCUUGUUUGUACAAACUGUUGCUGGCUGGGCGAUUCGGGAAAACCAAUUCUAUACACAACAAAUUUGAGUUUCAAAUAGAGUUUAUCAUCGGAGGGUGA